AUGAUUUAAGCUAGCAAACUCAAAAUGAUUUAUGGCGAAGAAAUCGCCUAUAAAGUCAUCAAUUCAAAGAUUCUAGUUAUAGGAGCAGGAGGUAUUGGAUGUGAAUUAGUGAAAACUUUAUCUGUUACUGGCAGAUUUGAUCUUGUAAUCAAUGCUUUAGAUAAUAUUGAGGCAAGAAACUAUGUUAAUUAGAUCUGCUACAAUCUUGAUAUUCCAUUGAUAGAAGCGGGUACUAACGGAUAUGUUGCAACUUGUGUUGAUAAGCCCAAGGAUUAAAGUUUUCCUGUGUGUACGAUCAGAUAAAAACCAGAAAAAUUAAUUCAUUGCAUUGUUUGGGCUAAAGCAUUAUUUGACGGUUUAUUCGGAUCUCGAGAUCAAAGCGACCAUAUUAUUGAUUAUUUGCCGGAGCCUAUAUAAGAUUAAAGCGCAGAUUUCUUUGAUUAUGCUAAGUAAGUCUUCUCUAAGCUGUUCGAUGAAGAGGUUAAAAAUUAGAUUCAAGCUGUAAAGUCGAAACUAAUGGCUUAAACUCUGAAUCCAGAUGAAAAAUAAAGUGAGGAAUCUUUUCUUAAAAAGAUUAAUGUUUUGGAAUUCUCGAAUCAUGAAGAAAGUAUAUAGAGAGAUUUGACUGACAGAGAAUACAAACUCAAUAAACCUGAAUUAAAUGAUGAAAAUAACCUUACAAUAUUAACCCUUCAGGAAUAAAUAUAUACCUUUGUCCAAAGUAUACUAAAAAUAUAUCAAGAGAGAUUUGAUAAAAUAGGAUAAAUGACUUUCGAUAAGGAUGAUGAUAGUAUUAUAGAUUUGGUAUCUUCUGCAACAAAUUUAAGAGCUUAUAAUUUUUCUGUUGCUAUGGAGAGUAAAUUCAAAAUUAAGGAAAUGGCAGGGAAAAUAAUACCAGCUAUUUCAAGUUCAAAUGCACUAGUUGCAUCAUUACAAGUCUUUGAAGCAAUUAAAAUAUUGGCUGGAUAGUUUGAAAAUUUAUAGGGAAUUUAUUAUCGUAGAUUAGAUACCAAGAAACUAUAGUCAUUUAAAAGAAUUAAUGAUCCUAAAAACCCCAAUCUAAUUGAUGAAGUUUUAAUAAGAGAUAUUCAACUAGGUGAUGAGUUUUAGAUGGCUUUCGACACAUUUUAAUACGAAUAAUUCUCUGAUUUGGAUGAAGACGAGGAGAUAAUGAAUAAAAAGAAAUUAAUAAGAACUUUAUCGGAAUUGAACGUAACUGAUAAUUCUAUCAUCCAAGUUUAAGGGGAUUUUAAAUCUUAAACUGAAAACAAUCAGUCUUCUGUUAUCUAUGUAUUGCUUUGCGAGUGUCCAGAAUAAGAGGAAACACUUAAAACUGUACUACUAAAAAAAGGAAUUAAUUAGCCUCUAUUCGACAAUACCAUGGAGAUAAGUGAAGGUGAAGUAGAAAUACAGAAUGACUAAAAAUUCACUGAGGCUAUAAUAAAGCCACAAACAAUAAUUGGAAAAAGGCUUCAUUCAGAAAUUGAAAUUGGCAAUUAAGUAGAUAUCGAUGAAACUAAAAAUUCUGAUUCUAACAAAAGAGCUAAGAUAGAUGAAUAAAUAGAAGUUUGA